AUGACUCGUUUGAUCAAAGCUGCACUCGCUGGACAGGCGGCUUUGUUUGCCAGUCACGCAACGGCCUUCGUCAACUCGAGCUACUCCAAGGCCGAUAUAAUGAAUGCGCAGCUCGCUCUGCAGGGUGGUCGACCAGACGGGUGCCCGCCAUGUUUCAAUUGCCUUCUACCUGCCCACACCUGCGCCCAAUACUCCGGCUGCAACGAGUUCAAUGGCAAAUGCGACUGCCCUGAAGGAUUUGGCGGCGACGACUGCUUGGAACCUCCUCGUGGCAAAGAUCGGCCCAUGCGCUCUGGCAAGUCAUGCGAUUGCGACGAUGGCUGGACUGGAAUAAACUGCAACGUCUGCACUGAGAAUAAGGCUUGCGACGCCCUAAUGAAGACAGGCGAUGGUGGGGUAUGCUAUCAGAACGGCGAGGUCAUCAACCACAAUUAUCAGAUCUGCGAUGUCACGAACCAUAAGAUCACCGAUCUACUUGGUAAACAGCGUCCUGAAGUCACCUUCACUUGCAAGGCCGACGAUGCCACUUGCGAUUUCCAGUUCUGGGUUGACGCCGUGGAGUCUUUCUACUGCCACCUCUCGGAAUGCGACUCGGAAGCCAAAUUCGGUGAUGCACAAAACUCUACCGCAUACAAGUGCAACCAAAUAAGUUGCAGCUGUAUCUCCGAGCGUAUGCUCUGCGGCAAGGACGGGUCUAUUGAUCUGAGUGACUUUCUUGACCAAUCCAUCAAUGGUCCGGGUCGCUUCGAGUGUACUCAGAAGCACAAUGGCGCGCAUCAAUGCGCCUUCAGGGAACCUGAGAUGGACAAUUUGAUCUUGUCACUGAUAGGCGACUCGAGCAUACUUUUGGACUGUCGUUCUGGUGAAUGCAUUUACGAAACAGAGAUGCCUGGGUACGAGCGACCUGUCAAGAGGAUCAAUACGCCUUUGAUCGCGGGUGUCAUUGCAGGCUGUGGCUUGUUCCUGGUAGCCGUUAUCGUGUUGACAUGGUUUCUGUCACGUCGCAAGCUCAAGUAUGGCGCUAUUCGCCUGGAGGAAUCUGACGACGAAAACAUCAAGCUCAUGACGGACCACAAGCCAGUCGACUUACAUUUCAACAAUGUCUCAUACAGCCUGAAUGGGAAAGGUAUCCUCCAUAACAUCCAAGGUAUCUGCCGGGCGGGUGAAGUAACCGCCAUCAUGGGCGCUUCAGGCGCAGGCAAGACAACCUUUCUCGACAUCUUGGCUCGCAAGAACAAAAGAGGUCAGGUCAAUGGUGACUUCUUUGUCAACGGAGAGAAGAUCGAUGACUCCGUUUUCAAGUCCGUGGUCGGCUUUGUGGAUCAGGAGGAUACGAUGCUGCCAACACUCACCGUUCACGAGACCAUUCUCAACAGUGCUCUGCUGCGGCUACCUAGACAUAUGGGUCGCGCUGCUAAGGAACAGCGAGUCUUCGAAGUUGAGAAGGAGCUUGGCAUCUACCAUAUCCGCGAUUCGCUCAUCGGGUCUGAGGAGGGCAAAGGCAGGGGCAUAUCGGGUGGAGAAAAACGCCGUGUUGGCAUCGCAUGCGAGCUGGUAACGAGCCCCUCGAUCCUUUUUCUCGACGAACCUACAAGCGGACUGGAUGCUUUCAAUGCUUUCAACGUCAUCGAAUGCCUCGUCACCCUCGCAAAGAUGUACAACCGUACCGUCAUCUUCACCAUCCAUCAGCCCCGAUCCAAUAUUGUGGCCUUGUUCGACAGGCUGAUUCUCCUGGCUCGGGGCAAGACCGUCUACUCCGGACCAUUCGCGCAGUGUCAAUCCUACUUUGAUGGCAUCGGAUAUGAGUGCCCGCCGGGAUUCAAUAUCGCAGAUUACCUGGUGGAUUUGACAAUGCACGCAGGUUCCAACCUGUCUAUGGAUGACGGGGCCGUUACCAAUGACAGCCAAAGCGUCGGUCCAAGCAGCACAGCGGCCGUCAAGUCUGUUGCCAGUAUAUCUGGUCUCAGUGCUGGCGAAGAGAGCGGCGUGGACACGGCAGUACCCAAAAGACCUCGCAAUCAGCGGAAGAAUUCGCUUAAGCAACGUCAAGACCGUGAGCUGUUUACUCGACGGAAGACCGCCGACACUACGGCGUCUUCUGACGCUGGAGGGGAGGAUUCGGGCUACCGGUUGUCUCAGAAUCUCAACACCCUUAACCAACAAACGCCAGACGACAUACAUGAUCUUCCUCCUGCCACGGGAACAGGGACAGAUCUAGAUGCGAUGACAAGAGCCUUUGCCGACUCGAGUAUUGCCGCGUCGACUCAAACAGAAAUCCAACAGGUGGCGCAAUCUGCUCGUGAUGCCAACGGUAGCAACGCCGAAGCGCGGGCACUUGGUGAACCCUCUAGCACAUUCAGUGCCGUUGGAAAGGGCUACGCUCGCAUCGGAUACUUGCGGCAAUUUUCUAUUCUUUCCCAAAGAACGUGGAAGAAUCUUUACCGGAACCCGCUACUUAUGCUUGCCCACUACGCUACAGCCAUCAUCAUUGGCAUUUUCAGCGGUUUCCUCUUCUAUGGGCUGACCGAUAAUAUUGCCGGCUUCCAGAAUCGCCUAGGAUUGUUUAUCUUCCUCCUGACUCUGUUCGGCUUCAGCACCCUGACCAGCCUGAACGUUUUCGCGACCGAGCGACUCUUAUUCAUGAGGGAGCGGGCCAACGGUUAUUAUUCACCUGCAACAUACUUUGCCGCGAAGAUGCUCUUCGACAUCGUCCCACUGAGGAUCAUCCCACCCAUCCUCAUGGGCUCCAUUGUGUAUCCUAUGACUGGCCUGGUUGCCGAUGGAGAGCACUUUUUCAAGUUUAUGCUUGUUCUUGUUUUGUUCAACAUGGCAGCUGCAACAAUCUGCUUGUUCAUCGGCAUUGUUUGUAAGGAUGGCGGAGUAGCCAACCUCAUUGGUAGCCUGGUCAUGUUGUUCAGUCUGCUCUUCGCCGGUUUCUUGCUGAACCACGAUGCUAUACCCGAGAGUGCCGUCUGGUUGCAGUCUAUGGGCUGGACAUUACAGUACCGGGAGCGGCCAUCCUGA